UUUGGUGUUAUUAAUGCAGUAAGAGAGCGUUGGCUCUGAUUUGUUUGUAUCUUUGUUGUGGUGUUUGGUUGUUUUACCAGUUAUGGUGUUCUAGGUGUUUCAGUCUCAUGUGGGCACAGAAUGCCAUGGAAACUGUAACAAUUAGAAGAAGAGGAAGAAGAAGAAGGCCUUCUCUUCUCUUCUUCCUCUCAGUUUUCCUCUUUCUGUUCUUCCAAACAUGUACCCUUUCUUUGGCUUUGAAUUACACAAACUAUAGACAUGUUGGAAGCUUGAGAUUGGCAAGGAUUCAGAGACACCUGGAUAAGAUAAACAAACCCUCCAUUAAAACCAUACAGAGCCCAGAUGGAGAUGUCAUAGAUUGUGUCUUUAAACACAAACAACCUGCUUUAGAUCAUCCUCUCUUAAAGAACCACAAGAUCCAGAGAGUGGCACCAAAGAGGCCAAAGGUGAGAAUGGUGAGCAGAGAAGGAGAGGUAGUGGAGGAGGAGAAGAAGAGAUACAAUGGGAGUGAAGGGGUGAGACGUGCAUGGCAAACAUGGCAUCAAGGAGGAGAGGAGUGUCCAAAGGGUACUAUUCCAAUAAGACGAAGCACAGUGAAUGAUGUGUUAAGAGCUAAAUCUUUGUAUCACUUUGGCAAGAAACAACGCAGAAGCCCUCUUCUUCCUCAAUCUCGCAUCGCUGCUCCUGAUGUAGUCAGUGGCAAUGGCCAUGAGCAUGCAAUAGCAUACACGGGAACAUCACAAGAGAUGUACGGAGCAAAGGCAACAAUAAACGUGUGGGACCCAUUGAUACAAGUGGUGAACGAGUUCAGUCUCUCUCAGAUUUGGGUUCUCUCGGGAUCAUUUGACGGAACGGAUCUCAACAGCAUAGAAGCUGGUUGGCAGGUCAGUCCGGAGCUUUACGGGGAUAGCCGGCCUAGAUUAUUCACAUACUGGACGAGCGAUUCGUAUCAGGCGACGGGGUGCUACAACCUUCUGUGUUCAGGAUUUGUACAGACAAACAGCAAGAUAGCCAUAGGCGCUGCUAUAUCUCCCACCUCACAGUUCUCUGGCAACCAAUACGACAUCACCAUUCUCAUUUGGAAGGAUCCAAAGUUAGGGAGUUGGUGGUUAGGGUUCGGCGAAAAUACGCUGGUCGGAUACUGGCCGGCGGAACUAUUCACUCACCUCGCAGAUCAUGCAACAAUGGUGGAAUGGGGUGGUGAGGUGGUGAAUUCAAGGGCCAACGGUGAACAUACAUCAACCCAAAUGGGGUCAGGUCACUUUGCCGAGUUAGGGUUUGGGAGAUCAAGCUACUUCAGGAACCUAGAAAUUGUUGAUGCAGAUAACAGUCUGAGCUCUGCUGAAGAUAUAUCCACACUUGCUGAGAAUACUAAUUGCUACAAUAUCAUGAGCUCCUUCAGUAAUGACUGGGGUACACAUUUUUAUUAUGGUGGACCUGGGAACAAUCCACAAUGCCAAUGACCCAUCCA